AUGGCCUCAAACCAAUUAAGCACCCAAGGGGCUCUCCCACAGAUGAGGGCCCUCUCCCCAAACACAUUCCUCUACGAGCCGCCAUCGGCAGCCCCGGACCCGGGCUCCCCGCAGCUCAUCGCCAUCUUCGCCUGGAUGUCCGCCCAAGACGUGCACAUCGCAAAGUACACCUCGCGCUACAUGGCCCUCUACCCGACGGCGCGCAUCCUGCUGGUCAAGUGCCCCUUCAUCCACACGCUCUCGGUGCGCAUCGCCAAGCGCGAGAUCAAGCCCGCCGUCUCCGUCGUGCGGGCCCUCGCGGACGCCACGCCGCCCGGCGAGGCGAAGCGGCCCCAGCUGCUGCUGCACGUCUUCUCCAACGGCGGCGCGUCGAACCUCUCGAAAUUCUUCGAGCUGUACGCCGCCGCCGACCGCGCGGGCCGGGGGCUCGGCAGCCUGCCGCCGCACGUGAGCGUGUACGACUCGUGCCCGGGCGGGUUCCACUGGAUGCGCAGCUACCGCGCGCUGUCGGCGGUGUUCCCGCGGUUCCUGGCGCCGCUGGUGCACGUCUUCAUCGGCUGGUUCUGGAUCUUCCAGGUGCCGUUCGGCGGGCGGCACGGGUUUCUCGGCAGGAUGUGGGCGGCGCUGAAGCAGAAGGCGCUGUUGCAGAGCGAGCAGCGGCGGGUGUAUCUGUACAGCCGCGAGGACGAGAUGAUCUACUGGGGGGAUGUUGAGAAGCACGCCAACGAGGCGCGGGAGGUCGGGUUCAGGGUGGGCAGGGAGAGGUUCGAGGGCAGCCAGCAUGUGGCGCACGCGAGGACGGACGGGGAGAGGUACUGGGGCGCUGUGAGGGAGUUGUGGGAUGGGCGGAGGGAUAGCGGGGUUGUGAUGGAGCGGGAGGUGAAGACGGAGGCGCCGAAGGUGGAGGAGGCAAAGGCCAAGGUCGUCGAGCCUGAUUUUGAGGUUGUUGAGAAGGAGACUGUGAAGGAGCCGGUGAAGCCUGAGGUCGAGGUCAAGCCUGAUAUUGUGAAGGCGCCGGAGCCGGCAAAGAUCGAAGUGCUUCAGCCCACGCCUGUCAAGCCGGAGGCCAACCAGAAUGAGACCGUGAGGAAGAUUGAGUUGGCGGAGGAGUCUGACCUUCUCAAGCAGCCCGAGGUUGUCACGGAGGCCGAGAUUAAAGAGGCGGAGGUCGCGAAGAUGCCGGAGCCGGUCAAGGUGGAGCCGCCGAGACGGAAGAAGCAACCGACGCCGCCUCCGACGAUUCAGUGA